UCGAUGGUGAGCCAGAAGCCGCCGCUGCGAGGAUUACCGGAUGAUGAUGAUCAUCAUCAUCAUCAUGAUGAUCAUUAUAAUUUGGUGCUAUUGAGUUGGCAGUGGUUCGCAAGCAGAAAUAAGAGGCAGUUUCUAACAUGCGUCAAAAACUGCCUCAAAAGGAAAUGCGUAAUAAACAAGCGACGUUUUGAGCAAUGACCCUUCUUCGUGGAACCUUAUUUCGCUUAUAACGCAAAAGCAAUAGAACCAAAACAGCACAAGGACGAGGAAUAUUCCCGCUGUCCAAAUGUCAUCAAAAAGCUCGGCGGCCACCGACUCACUGCCAUCUGCGAGCGGCAGAGCAAUAGAAACACACGCCGAGCGAAUCGCAAGCGAGCGCCAUCAGUGGACGUGUUGUAUGGGCCAAGGCGAGGAAAGAGAGAGAGAGAGAGGUGGAGGGAUUGCACGCCAAUUGUCCCUUACGUAUCGUCCAGGAUGAACGUCGGGCGAGUACGGACACGACUGCGUUGGAGGAGCCGAGAAUCCGAAAUGCAAGAGUGAGGGCGACGAAUGGGCGCUGAUGUCUUCAUCACAGACGCCCCUUGAGCCGAUUUUAAUUUAGCAGCACUCGAGUAGAUGCCCUCUAUGGGAUCGACGGCUGUUGGACUCCGCAUCCUGCAAUCCCCACAUUCCCGGGAUGGCGACCCACGAAUCCCCGUCCUCGCAUCACCCAUCACCGAACUGCCGUCAUCAUCAUCAUCAUCACCAACAGCAUCAUUCUCCAUCCCCUCCUUCUCCUGUCCACACUCACCACCCCCCUCGCUCUCUAACAGCCCCCCCCCACUCCGCGCCUCCUCCUCCUCCUCUAUAAAACUCAGCAGAGAGCAAACGCCGCCGCUGUCGACUUCGGCUCCCUUGGUUGGGAGGCGGGAGGAGGGACGCGCCCUGGAGGGAAGGGGAUCGACCUCCUGGAGACGAAUUUGGUGCUCGCUAACGGCGCGGGUGGCGUUCAACGAUGGACAGCCAGAAGGACACGUGGUCGCGACCUGGCGAGCUUCACAGGAGGGCCUUCUAAGAACGCAGCGGUGACACGUGGACACACGCAGACUCUCGCAAAAGGUGCCUUCGUCGCCUGGGCGUUUCUGAUGAUGAUGAUGACGCUGAAGUUAUAUUUGAAGGCUGCACUCACACGGACUCCACUGGUCUGAGCUGAUGACGGGACCCCUCGGGUACGGCCGGGAGGCUCCGCACCCCACAGUGGAAUCCACGAAAGAAGGAGGAACCCCCCUCGGCACGGAUCUCUCAGGGCUCCCGCGCGGACCCAGCCGCCCCCUCCCCUCCCCCCCUACGCGGCCCCCUUUGGGGGGCGCGGACGGGGUCGGAGGGGGGGCUCUGGACUGCGCGGCUGGAGUCUGUGUCACGGUUGCCCCGUGCAAAGGGCGCGAUGGGGCACCGAACGGCCGCACGUGCGCCUACUCCUGGCUCACCAGGUCCCGGGGCAAGCAGGGUCGCCGAGGGAGACCCCUCGCCCCCGCUCGCUCUCCGCCGCUGCUGCCAUUGUGGGGGGCGCGAAGGGGCGGACGGCAGGACCCGCGGGGGGCCCCCACGACCCAUCCGCCGCCAACCCCUAGCUGCGACCCUCCAGGCGCAGGGACGGAAGCGAGCGCCGGGGACGAGUGCCUGCGACCCGGAGCCAAGAGCGGCAGCCGCGACGCUGGUGGCGACGUUGAGCCGCGAGCGUGCAGCGGCGAUCGGUCUGUGGAGCCCCACGAGACGCCUCCGUCGAUGCCGUCGUCGUCUUCAUCCUCCUCCUCCUCGUCGUCGUCGUCACUUUUGCGGGGGCCGGUCAAGGACCCCCGCGAAGUCUGCGGCGACCCCUCGGGAAGAGACCGAAGCGGGGGACGGACGCCAGCGGACAGCGAGGGGUCGGAGGUCACCGUGGCCUCGAGCUCGGCGCGGGGAAGGUUCGCGAGCUUGCACAGCGGCAGCCGCCCUCACGCGUCGGGCUCUGACCCCGCCAUGACCUCGACGCGACCCCUGGCGGCCGCGCGCUCGCAGCCCGCGCUGCCGCCCCUGGACCCGCGCGGCAGCCGCCCCGCCGCCGCCGCCGUUGGGGGGCGGAGAGCUUCCUCCUGGGGUCUGGUGGUGCUGCCGCCGCGUGUAGGGUGCGUCGUGACGAAGCUGCGUGGACCCCCAGCCCCCCGCGGUGACCCCCGAGAUCCCAGAGGUCGCCGAGAGCACGCGGCUGGGACCACGGCGAGCCGCGGCGGACGUCACCUCCUCCGCCCCGAGGAGGCGGAGGAGGUGAAGGAGGAGCAGGACCAGAUGGAGGAGGUGAAAUCACCACCGCCGCUUGAUCUGGGGUCUUCGCCGUGCGAGACCGUGGAGGAACCCGGCAAGCGAGCAGCCCGUGGGCGCUUUUGGGGCAAAGGGGGUCUCCUAUCCUCGUUCCUGGGCAGCCUGAGGCGGAGGAAGGGACCCCGGUCCUGCGAGGGGGACCCCGCGAUCCCACAGGUCAGCAAGUCAAGUCCCCAUCGUCUAACCCCCUGCGCAAGUGGGGAACAGCCUCAGAUAUCUGGCGCACCUCCACCACCACACCCACAGUCAUCAUCAUCAGCUGCAGCAUCAACAUCGUCAUCAUCAUCAUCGCCAUCAGCAGCAGCGGCAGCGACAUCAUCGCCAUCAUCAUUUCGCGGCGAACGGGAAACGAGGAUGGAGGCGCUCCUCGAGGAAACGUCGUCCGGGGACCAGGAGUUGGCGCACACGUGGCCCAGGAGGAGGAGGAGGAAGAAGAAGAAGGCGAGGAAGAUGAAGGCCAUUACGGCGGAGGCGAACGAGGAGGUGGACUCGGAGGGACUGACGAAACACGGAGGAGUUGAAGGAGAAGAAGAACAAGGAGGAGAAGGACAGGGCGAAGGAGGAAGAGGCCACAUCAACACGAGCAGAUACCCAACGCCCCCCGACUCGCCCGUCCGACCCCCGGACCCCCUGUGGGAAGGGGACCCAAUCCCGGGGUCCGGCAGAGACUCGGGGUGUCUGACGCCGCUUCAUGAGUCCUGGGACACACUCUGGUCUGAACUCCACGACGACACGGGCGCCUCCACUGAGGGCGCCGUGGGUAGCGGUGGCUCGGCUGACGAGGGCCCUGAGCUGGCCGAGGAGGCCCAGGGUCGCCUCGAGGGGUCUUUUGCUGAAACGCCCGUCCGAGAUGCUGGAGCGUCCUCUUCUGUCUGCGGCAUUGAGGGGGUUUUCUCUGCAACUCUUGUCUAUGACGUCGAGGGAUCUCAUUCCGGAGCCCUUGGCACGGACGUUGACCUCGAAGUGCCCAUCUGUGGAACUCCUCACUUUGACCUUAACAUUGAGCGACGAAUCUCUGAAACUCCUAAUAACCGUGACUUAGAGGUGUCUCAUUGUGGAGAUCCUAGCCAGGAAUUUGACCAUAUGGGGCCCAUGUUUGGCGCUCCUGCUCAUGACCCUGAUUUUGAAGGAUCUCUCUCUGGAACAUCUGCUCACGACCUACGUUGUGAGAGGUAUCUCCCUGUAAUCAAUGAAGAACCUCUCCCUGAAAACUCUUCCCCUAGAGCCCCUGCCCAUGACCUCGACCGUGAACCUCCUCUCUCCGUAACCACUGACUAUGACCUUGACAUUGAGGUGCCUACCACUGGACCUCCUGCCUAUGACCGUGACCUCGAAGGUCCAUCGUCUGUAAAUCACGGUGGGAGGGAGCCCCACGUCCCCCUCUCCGACCUCCACCGUCGCCCGGGAGCUCGCAGCCCUUCUCCACUCAUAGCGGGCGCUCGUGAGACUGCGGCGUCCGGAACGCCGGUGGCAAUGGCCAGGGAUGGUCCGCCCGUGCGGAUGAGGCCCAAGAAGCAUGGUGGCCUCCGUGGCCUCGCGGGCCCCAGGCUCUGCGGCCUGCAGCUGCUGAGGCGUCUGCAGGCCAAGGGACCUCGGGGCGAAACCCUAGAGCCCAAGUCCACACGGCGAGGAGGUCGCCUCGACGAGGAGCAGGAGGAGCAGGAGGCGAACCCGGUUGUUCGCUCGAUGAGGGAGGGAGGAGUUGGUACUAAUGGUGGUGGUGGUCGUCAUGGGGGUGAUGGUGAUGGCCUUGGUGGUAAUAUAUUUGAAAAUGGUGGUAACACUUUUACAGAAGAUGGCGGUGGUGGUCACAAUGGUCAGGGUUGUUUUGGAAGAGUUGGUGGUAAUUUUGAAAGUAACGGAUUUAGAGAUAAUAGAGUUCGUGGUGGUAGUGGUGGAGUUGGGGGUUCUAAAGGAGGUCAUAAUGGUGUUGGUGGUGAUGUGGGAAGUGAUGUUUUUUGUGAGGUCGAUGGUCGUUUUGGAGGCGACGGAUCUAGAGAUGGAGCUGGAUGCGGUGGAGGUGAUCAUCUAGGCAAGUGCUCUAGAGGUGAGCCUGGCGGUGGUCAUGGGAGAGGGGGUGCUCUCGCAGGAGGUGGUGGACAUGGUCACAUUGGAGGCGAUGGGCCUAGCGGUGUGGCAGUCCUAGAUGGUGGUGUGCCAGGCAGUGGUGGCACGGACAGUAAUGUACGAGCAGCGGGAGUAGGUGGAGGAGGUACGCGUCUCUUUCCAGGCAAUGGAUCCGUAGGUGUUCAGGGGGGAAAGCCGGCUCGGCUCGAGGGACGACGAGAGGAGGAGGAUGGUGAUGUUGUGAAGGAGGUAGGUGAGGUCUGGGACCCGUGCAGGGGAAGAGAGACGCGGGGAGGCUAUGAUGAUGAUGAGGAUGAUGGUGGUGAUGAUGGUAGUGAUGAUGAGGAUGGUAACGAGACGUCCCAGGAGUGGCAUCUGCGCAGGGACUCCCGCAUCAGCCUGAUGCACGUGCAGCUGGAGGAGGCCUGGGACCGACUCGCCGCCUCCCUCACUCGCGACCACAACAACAACAACAACAGCAUCACCAGCAGCAGCAAAUCCACCAGCAGUAACAGCAGUAGCUACAAGCACGUUGUGAAUAAUAUCGGCAGCAGCUGUUAUAGCCACGAUAGCAGCAGUAACCACACGAGAAUCGGAAGGAGCAGCAGUAAUCAUAACAGCAACAACGGCAACAGUCGAUAUCGCGUGAGCAGCAUCCGAGAUCAGUGGCAACCACAGCAGCAGCAGCAGCAACAGCAGAGGCGGGGAGAGUUGUUGGGACGCGUGUUUUAUUCUGCAUGUAACGAUUAAUCGAGAACGUACUCUCACGCUACAUACACGAAGCGUGCACGUAACAAUCGAUUAUUUGCAGUGUACGCUAAAUAUAUCCGAAUGUUAUAGCUAUUCUUUAUUAUUAUGUUUUACAGUCUUAUUUAUUGUGCCAUGCCAACGUCUCAUUUCGGCCAUUCGGAGCGCACGGAGGGAGAACAAA